UCCCUGCGCGGGCUCGGCUCGGCUCGGCGCGGCGCCUCCAUCCCCUGCCCGUCCGUCCGUCCGUCCCGUCCAUGCGGAGCGGCCCCGCCGGCACGGCCCCCGCGGCUCCCCGGCUGUUAGGCUCCCGGGCGCUAUGAAAGUCACGUCCCUCGACUGCCGGCAGCUGCGGAAGCUCCUGCGGAAGGAGCCCUCCCGCUGCCUGGUGCUGGACUGCCGCCCCUACCUGUCCUACUCGGCCUCCUGCCUCCGCGGCUCGCUCAACGUCAACCUCAACUCGGUGGUGAUGCGCAGGGCCCGCGGCGGGGCCGUGCCCCUCCACUUCGUGGUGCCCGACGAGGCGGCCCGAGCCCGGCUGCUGCGGGGGGGAGACGGCGGGGCGCCGGGGGCGUCCCGCCUGGCGGCCGUGGUGGUGCUGGACCAGGGCACGGGGCACUGGCAGAAGCUGAAGAAGGACAGCACGGCGCAGAUCGUCCUCAACGCCUUGCUUUCCAGCCUCCCCGAGGCCGGGGCCAGGGUCUGCUUCUUGAAAGGGGGAUAUGAAACCUUUAACUCGCAAUAUCCUGAGUGCUGCGUGGAUGGAAAGCUCAUUUCCCCCGAGAGGAACGAUGUGGAGAAAAACCUCGCCAGCCACUGUGAGAAGCAGAGUGCCAACCAGAAGCCUGCCUAUGACCAGGGUGGCCCGGUGGAAAUCCUGCCUUUUCUCUACCUUGGUAGUGCCUACCACGCUUCCAAGUGCGAGUUCCUCGCCAACCUGCACAUCACGGCCCUGCUCAACGUCUCCAGGAAAAGCUCGGAGCCCUUCAAGGACCAGUACUGCUACAAGUGGAUCCCGGUGGAGGACAGCCACACGGCCGACAUCAGCUCGCACUUCCAGGAAGCCAUCGACUUCAUCGAUUAUGUCAGACGAACGGGGGGCAAGAUCCUGGUGCACUGCGAAGCGGGGAUUUCACGCUCUCCUACCAUCUGCAUGGCGUAUCUCAUGAAAACGAAGAAGCUCCGCCUGGAGGAGGCCUUUGAUUACAUCAAGCAGCGCCGGAGCCUGAUCUCGCCAAACUUUGGUUUCAUGGGACAGUUACUACAAUAUGAGUCGGAGAUCUUGUCUUCCACCCCCAGCCCACCUGUUGCCUCGUGCAAAAGAGAAGCCGCGUCUUUUUUUGCAGAAGAACUGACGUUAGGCAAAAAUUUUGAAGGCUCGUGUUUCGCCUUUCCUACCUCAGUGUUGAGUUCUGUGCCCAUCCACUCUCCCGUCCACCAGCUGAAACUCAGCCCGAUGACAGCAUCUUCAUCCUGCUGAGAGCCCCACCGCCCCGAGGAGCCCGGAGCUGGUGCAGUCCUCUGAUCCUAACUGUGACCCCGACAAGAACAUUUCAUGAACGUGCAAUAGAGAAACCUCACCGACUUAGUCUAAGACAGAGCAGUCAUUGUGGGUGAUACUUCCCAUACGUGUAUGCUGACUGAGACGCUGAUGCUCUACGUGUGGCAGGCUUUCUGAACUUUUAAUGUCCUUUUUUAAAAAAAAAAAAAAAAAUGGAAAAAGAAAAAAGUGCUUUUCUAGGUUUUUAUCCAGAGUGUGCAGCCACUACUGUAUUUCCAGGUUCUUGGGAAGCAAUGAGAAGUCCGUUUUGUAUGUUCCCAGUUCCCACCUCCUUCCCUUUUUGUUUUUGAGAAGAACCUUAAGUUUUCAAGCAAUAAACAGCAGCUGUGGGGAAGAAAGCAAACCGAAAAGCUCCACCUUGGCAUCUGCAGGGGUGGUGAGAGUGAAGAGCGUGCUGCUGCUUCCCCAGCUCCCCUCUCCCUCUUAGCGUCACGUUUCAGGGAGCAAUGCGCCGGGUGGGCAGGGGCUCCCUGCCUGGCCCCUCUUGCACAACCAGGUGAAAAUCCCCUCUCCUCUUCCAGUCUCUGCAGUGCCAGGUAUUGACCGCAGUGUAACUGGAGACCAAACUGGACCAUGGAUCCAUUCAGGUGUGGCAUUUCCCAUACUUCUGUGUUUGCCUUUGUACUGGACAUGCUCUUAACUGAAGCACGGAACUUAAACUAUCAGGUUACCCUGCUGAGCUAUUAUAUUCCCACCCGUUAUUUAACAACAGCCCUAGAAUACUUGAAUGUCUGCAACCCUCAUCCAAGUUACUUCCCAUCAGAUGACACUGUAACUACUGGAUUUUUACACCAAAAACAGGAAAAGCUUGGCUUUUUUGGUCCCUCCCAAGUGUUUCUGACGUGUGUUGUGCGUGGUAAAGUGGUCUUGUUCAGUGUUAUGUGGCUUGCUUAGUGUGUGUGGUCACCUCCAGCCAGCCUUCCUUUGUGAAAACUGGUUUCUCUUGCAUUGAGUUUGUCUGCAGGAAGCUCGGAAGGAGCUGCUCUGUCUGUUGACCUUUUUAUUUUUUUUAUAUGUAAUACGUAUGGGAAAUGGCAAUAAUUUCCAGAAGAUCUCGUGAAUGUGAAGGAAAGCCUGCAACUUUUUAUGGAGUGUAAAAAUAAUAAUAAAAAAAAAAACUGUGAGGAAAAGCAA